UUAAUAUUAGAGCGCAGGUGAAAUCUAUCGAUCAUGUGGUCCAUAGCGUUGCAGGCCGCGCAUGCGCACCGCGCUUCCAUGAGCUCGCGCAUAUAUCCAUAGUGACGAUAACGGCGGCGGGCUCGGCGUCUCCCAUGACAACGGCAGCCGGACAAUGAACGAGCGCUCGGACGGCGGAACGGACGCGAGCGAACGGGUCGUUUCGAAGCGGGACGUUUCCCAAACGCGUUGACCGCUGAAUCUCCGGCGGCGCGUCAUGUAGCGGAGGCCGCGCUGCGCGGGAAGGGCGACGGAGCAGACGCCCGCGGGAGCGCCCCUUAGACGCGUCGGGAAUAUUCACGCGUCUCUAAAGCUGGAUUGUGGAUCUGACGCGUGGUCUGAGGUAAAUUCCGCGGGCGUCGCCGGGUUUUGGCCGCUGACAGGAUGGAUGUAGGUGCGCUUGCGGCGGGGGACGGUGUCCCGAGAAGAGCGGAUUCGGUUGAAGGUGGACUUGAAGUGGCGCCGCUGGAAAUGUACGACUCGGCCCGAGCCAAGAUAGAAGCUAACCUCCGCUGGUUGUUCUCCAAAGCGUACGGGGAAGAGCACAUCCCGGCGGACCUGCGGGACCCGUUCUACACGGAUCAGUACUGCGUGGAGCACAUCAAGCCUCCGGUGCUGUGUCUGCUGCUGUCCUCAGAGCUGUACUGCAGGGUGUGCGGGCUGCUGCUGAAGGGCGACCAGGCGUCUGCGCUCGGCUCCCAUCAGGCCGUCAUCCAGACGCUGGCGCGCCGCGGGAUCUGUGUCAGAGAAGCAGACGACACGCCCGUCUCCCACGACGACCUCUCCUCCACACCCAUCAAAAUGAGUUCUCACAUCCCGCUGAUAGACGCUCUGAUGAUGGCCUACACGCUGGAGAUGAUGGCUAUAGAGAGAGUUGUGGCGAGUGUCAAGCGCUUCUCCACCUUCUGCGCCUCUAAAGAGCUUCCCUUCGACACGGAGGACGCCAUGCUCUUCUGGAUCAACAAGGUGAUUCUGAAGACGAGAGAGCUCUCUGAGAAGGAACUCAAGAUGAAACAGCCGCUGAUGGACUCACCGUGCCAUCAAAAGCCUGAUCUCAUGAACGCUUUGGCCCAUUGCAUGCUGGAGCCGGUGGAGUUCUCUCGUGUGGUACGGUACCGUAGAGAACACCUGUCCGGCCGGCCGUUCCCACACCUGGCUGUGAUGGAGGACCUGAUGAAGGAUGUUUGUGACGGAGCAGCUCUGCUAGCGGUCAUUCACUUCUACUGCCCUGAAUACAUGAGGCUAGACGAUAUUUGUCUGAAGGAGGUGCCGUCUCUGUCGGACAGCGUUUAUAACAUCCAUCUGCUCCGGGAGUUUUCUAACGAAUACCUGAACCGCUGUUUUUACCUGCACACUGAAGAUCUGCUCUACGGCCCGCCGGUGCUGAAGCAUAACGUCAUGGUUUUCAUUGCUGAGCUCUUCUGGUGGUUUGAAGUAGUGAAGCCGGACUUCGUAAAGCCAAGAGACCUCCAAGAGAUCAAAGACGUGAGAGCGUCUCUUCAGCCAAAGAGUUCCCGCCCCCAUGUGCCCAUAUCCAAUGCCACCAAGAGAAGCUUCUUAACCCCGUCUCCUUCAGCCGACUCGCUGGCGACAGCCGCCACUCCCGAGGGCUGUGUGCGCUAUUACCUGCACCCUGAGGAGUCCUCGUCUGUAACAAACAGAAGCCCCUCCCACAGCCCCUCCCACCCGCUCCUCCCACUGCGGCAGAGACAGCAGAAGCCCACUCAGGGGGAGGAGCAUUCAGAGCUCAGGAACAGGUCCAACUCUCUGUCCCGUAUGGAUGGACUCAUGCUUGGAUCACAGUUUGCCUGGACAGAACGGAAACAAAGGCCCAUCUCUCAGAUGGAGAUGGACUGGGAACGUGUAUGUGGCGAUAAUAUCAGCUUGGCUCGAUCCAUAAGCAAGGACAGUUUAGCUUCCAACGUCAUCUCCAUCACUCCACGACACCGCAUCAACGGCCAGCCCCUCCCCCAGACACGUCACUAUGACAACCAGGAGGAAGAGGAGGAGCUACUGGCCGUGAUUAACCCAGAGGGCGCGUCUGCAUCCAGAGACUCAAAAGCCGAGGGUUUCUUCUUGGAACCGUUGCAGCCUGCGGUUCUACGCCCGAAUAAGGAGAAAACGGGGGUUAGUAAGUGGGAGGAGAGUGGAGAGGGGAGGAGUCAGGGGCGGCGAGGGGCGUAUACUCCUACAGAAUGCACUCUUAACCGGACGUUUACGCCGAUCGGUAGCACCGAGCGAGCAAGCUCUCGAGCGCAAUCUCCCGGAAGCUUCUUCCUUCACGAAGACGUGGAGUGCGUGAGGGACAGUCCUCUCGGAGGCUGGGAGGACAUCGUCUCCGAUUCAGAGUUUGAGGAGGAUGAGGAAAUAGAGGUCCAGGAGCAAGAGCUCUCCAAAGCUGUUCUGAUGCACGCUGGGAGGAAAUGCACGGGAGAGGAAGAGGAGUCUGCGAAACUGCGCGAGGACGUUUGCUUGCGUGAACGGGACGAUAAGGAAGGCGCCAGUGGACGGGCGAGUCCCUGCCCCAGCAUGCUGUCGCAGGCCAGCAGCACAUCGACCGGCACUGGCCGCAUGACGAGCUUCGCAGAGCGCCGCAGACACAGAGUCGGGUUCCCCGAUGGCUGCUACAGCACCGGGAGCUCGCAGACGACCACUCCUGACGGGUCAGAAAGCGUGCAGUUCCCUGUAGACGCGAGUCCAGGAACGCCAAGCGGCCGACCCGGGCUCGCUUCCGAACUCGUGCACCUUCGCAUGCAGCUGGAGGAGAAACGGCGCGCUAUUGAGAUGCAGAAAAAGAAGAUGGAGAACCUUUCGGCUCGGCAGCGGCUGCAGCUGGGAAAAGCGGCGUUUCUGCAUGUCGUCAAAAAGGGGAGGAGCGACACGCUGCCACACCCACUCAAAACCGGAGUCGCGUUUAAAGAAAAGCCACUCGCGAAGGACGACUCGUGUGUUGAGGUUCUGAAAGCCCAAGGAAAAGACUCAGAGUGUAAAGAAACUCCGGUAGAGGAGGAUAAGGACAAUCGUUUGAGUGCAACUGGAGGGGGCGGGGCUUCGGAUGAUGUGGGCGGAGAACCAGAUCUUAGCGAAUGUAGCCGUUCCAUUGAGCUCCUCAACGAAGCGAUCGGAGCAAUACAGCAGCAAAUGAUGCAGCUGUCUGUCCAGCAGGAUUUGCUCAUGAAACAGACCGUCCAGUCCCCGCCGGAGACCAAACCGAGCACUGUGCCGCCCUUAAACGAACUCCCGCCUGAGCAACCUGAGGUGAAGUCGCGCCUCUCCGUGCAAUUCACGGAAACCCUUUCCACGGCGACCAAACGUCCUCCCAGGCUCAGCUCGAGUCGUACACCUCGGACCAAACCCAGCGACCUCAAACUGAGCAAAGAUACAAACGGUCGUCCAGCGACAAAAGCCAGCACUCCGACACCGGGAGGCAGGACCCCCCGGGCUGAGAGUGAGGAAGAGGGCGGGGCUAAAGAUGGGGGGCGUGGAUUAAAAGGAAUUAUUCGCAAUACUACUUUCAGACUGCAGGAUGCCGCAAACCGACGCGCCGACAGCCUCGAGUCGCCCCAGAGCGAGCUCCCUCCGGUGGAGCCGUCGCCCGUGGAUCUGACCCGGGAGCGGAGCGAGUCCAGCGGCUCUGGAAAGGAGAACGUUCCCAUUCCGUCCGAGGAGAACAGAACGAAAGCACAGCUGAUCGAAGUGGACCUAUCUGACCUGGCUGAACCGGCUGAAACUAGCACAGAAACUGACGGGGAACAGAAAUCUGGACUGGGCUUCUUCUUCAAGGAUGAUCAGAAAGCAGAGGACGAGCUGGCUAAGAAGAGGGCAGCGUUCCUCCUCAAACAGCAGCGGAAGGCCGAAGAAGCCCGGGUACGCAAGCAGCAGCUGGAGGCGGAGUCAGAGCUCAAGCGAGACGAAGCCAGACGGAAAGCCGAGGAAGAGCGUGUUCGUAAAGAGGAAGAAAAGGCUCGUAGGGAGCUGAUCAAACAGGAGUACCUGCGCAGGAAGCAGCAAGAACUUCUGGAGGAGCAGGGCGUGGCCAAACCACGCCCACGGAACAGAAGGCCCCGCCCUAAAUCGCUGCAUCGUGCUGAAUCUUCCUGUUCUGCUCCGGUCAGUCUCUGUUCUGCUCCCUCCGGAUCCUCUCUGUCGCUGGCCUCUGCUGCUACUGAAGGUGACAGUGUGGCGUCAGGAGGAGCCAGCUCUCACAGGGAGGAAUCUGUGGAAUCGUUUCCUGUACUGAGCCGAAACGCGAGCAGGAACAUGGAGCGAGACUGGGACAACGGCUCCACCGCCUCCUCCAUCACAUCUGUAGCAGAAUACAACGGCCCCAGAUUAUUUAAGGAGCCAAGUGCAAAGUCCAACAAAGCGAUCAUCCAGAAUGCCAUCGCUCACUGCUGCCUCGCGGGAAAAGUCAAUGAAGCCCAGAAGAACGCUGUUCUGGAGGAAAUUGAGCGUUGUGAAUCCAACCACCUGAUAAUCCUUUUCCGUGACGGUGGAUGUCAGUUCCGGGCGCUGUACGUAUAUUCCCCCGAAACGGAGGAGAUCGUGAAGCUCAAAGGCACCGGGCCGCGCGCCAUCAGCCGCAAAAUGAUCGACAGACUCUACAAGUACAGCUCCGACCGCAAACAGUUCACCGUCAUCCCCGCCAAGUCGGUCUCGGUCAGCGUAGACGCCCUCACCAUCCACAGCUACCUGUGGCAGGCCAAGCGGCCGAGCACGUCCAAGAGGAAAUGAUCUCUGAUUGGCUGCGCUCCGGUCUCUUAAACUGCCGUUUUGCUGAUGAGCAGGCCUCCUGAUAUUCUACUGGUCCACUGGACUCCCGCUUUCCUAUUGGCUCACCAGCCGCCGCGCUCCUAUUGGCCGCUGGAGGUCGGAAGUGGGUGGAGCUUGAUGUUUGAUUGACAGAGUUAACGAAUGUGUUUUAGGUUUACUUCAUCAUUCGGUGUUUGUUCGUUGUUUUUUUUUAGGCAGGAAUCUGCAUGUGACACUUUUCUGUUUGAUUUUACCAUAGUAUUAAUUUCCAGAAAAAUCACACUCCCACUACUUGAACUGAAUUAUGGUUGCUAUGGUUACUCGGACACGUGUGAAUGUGUGUACGAGCGCGUCCGCUUCUUCGCUUUUCUCAUAUCUCUCCAUAUGCUGUUGUUCAUAUGUGACACUCACUUUAGCAGUC